CUGUGCGAGAAAUCUCCGCUACAGCAGCUUGCCGCGGGGGGAGAGCGGAGCGGAGCGGCGACGAACUCAGCUCCCCGCUCCGCUGGAGGUCGCCACCAGCGGGGGGAGCGCCUCCCUGCGUGAAGCCGCGAGCGCCUCCAGAUCCCAAAGCUGCAGCUCCCCUCCGACUUGGUCCGCCUACGGAUCUGGGCGCGCCUACUCUGUCACCGCCCUCGGAUCCGGCCGCUCAAAGGCACGGUGCACACCCGUGGCGAUCUUCGACAGCCUCCUUGUCGGCGGGGAAUCCUUAGAGCUGGCAGCCUGCCAGGUGCUGUCCUGUCCUAUUCACCAGCUCGCCGGUGAAGAAGCUCCGCGCAAGAAAUUCAGCUGUGUUUUUGCCAUCCAGGCCGACAGUAAAUGCCAAGGCGUGGGUCGACAUCGAGUGGUGAUCCAAAUACAAAGGCGAAACAGAGUGACAUGGCAGAGGCGGCGGCUGUCUCCGCAGGUAUGCAGGUUUUGAAGAGCGGCAGCGCAAUCAUCUUUGGCAACCUCAACACCAAGCUCAAAAAAGAUAAGGACCUCCGGAAGGCACUGGCGAGAAACAAGGAGUGGAUCAGGACCGAGAUGGAAUUGUUAUCGUUACAAGUCGGAGCUGGACACGGGCUGAGCGAGGAGGAGAAUGACCGCAGUGAGGCGUGGCACGUAUGGGCUCACAAGAUCCGCGAGCUCAAGUACGAAAUAGAGGACUGCAUUGUUUCCUAUGAAGGCAGGGUCACUUGCAAGAGCGAUGCACCCUGGUAUCGUCGCAAGCUUCACCCGGCAAUGACUCUGUCCACCCGCACUAGAUAUGCCAAGAAGAUGGCCGAAUUCAGGGAGCGUGUCAGCGGAUUGGUUCUACAGAGAGACGCGCAUGUCCAGAGCACCGCCGCUGUCAACGCUGCACCGGCAACAUGCCAAGCGACCAUCUACACCAAACCCAAGAAUAUCGUGGGCAUCUGCAAGUCCAAGAAUGCCCUCCUUGAGCUGUUAGACCUGCAAGCGUUCGUUGAGGGCCAACAGGAGAUCCUAGAGGUGGUCCAUGUCGAGUCUGAGAUUGUAGAGGUGGCCGAGGGCCAACCAGAGGUGGUCGAGCGCGAAACUGAAGGUCAGAAACUCAAGGUGGUGUCCGUCGUUGGGUUCGCGGGCCUGGGAAAGACCACCCUUGUGGAGUCGGUGUUCCAUAGUUAUGAUAUCACCCGGAGGUUUCCUCGUCGGGCGUGGGUGGCGGCGUCGAGUCACGAAAAAACAAGGGAUCUUCUCGUGGACAUAAUUAAUCAGUUGAAUCUGGCAGAAACAAUCAAGCCAAACUCUCUUCAGCCUCAGGACAUACUGGCAGAAAAACUCAACACAUGUCUGCAGAAUGGACCCAGGUACUUCGUCGUAAUUGAUGACCUGGCAACAGAAGUACACGAAUGGGAUGCCAUAAAAUCGGCCUUCCCUACGGAGGGAGCUGAUGGAAGAAUUAUUGUUACCACACGUAUUCAAUCGAUGGCUACAAGGUGCAGUUCAAAUGGAGGCUGUGUUCAUCAAAUGCAAGCUCUUGACAUGACUGAUUCUAAAACCUUAUUUCUCAAGGAAGUUUUCGGCGAUACAUGUACAUCUUGUACACCUGAUUUUGAGACAGGUUUAAAACGCAUCUUGAAGAAAUGUGAGGGUUGGCCAGUUGCUUUGCUUGACAUUGCUCAUCUAGUAAAGAGAUCCCAUGGAACACCGACUGGUGCCGACUGUCGGAAUAUCUGUGCUGAACUAGGUUCUCAUCUAGAUUGUCAUCAGACCAGAGACUUGGCAAGAACAAGGCAAGUGAUUGUCGAUAGCUUCCGUUUCAACAUCAGCAAGAAAGAUGAUGAGCGUCUCAGGACCUGCUUGUUGUAUGCAAGCAUAUACCAGAAGUUCGAUCGAACCAAAUGGAAAAGCCUACUCAGGCGAUUGUCAGCAGAAGGUAAUAGUAUCACUCCCACCCAAUUUGAAGAGUUGUUGGCAAAAGGUGAGAACAGUGUCGCUCGCGACCAAAUUGAGGAGCUGUUCAACCGAUGCAUCAUUCAUCGGCGGGACAUUAGGCAAAACUCUAGGGUGAAGUCAUAUCAGAUUGGUCCUGUACUGCUUGAAUUCAUGAUCUGCAAGCAAGCCUGCAGAAACUUCAUCACUCUGAUAGAAAAUGGCCAACGCCAACCUUAUUGUGGGAAGAAAGACAGUGCCGUUCGUCAACUCUACCUGAGUGGCAAAACUGCAAGGGCUGUCGAAGAGGACCGUCUGUCCAGUAUCAGGUCACUUACAAUCUCUGACCAUGAUGGCGAGGAACUGGUGGAUUUUGAAAAGUGUAAGAUGCUGCGAGUCUUGGAUGUAGAAAACUGUAAGAAGGUUGAGGACACAGACCUCCAGAAGAUUUGCAAGUUGUUGUACCUCAAUUAUCUGAACCUGAGAGGCACCAAUGUGAAGACGCUUCCAAGUAAAGCUGCAAAGCUACAUUACUUGCAGAUACUGGACAUGAGAGAGACAAGUGCAAACAUAGAAUUGCCUAUGGAAGUCCUAAUCCUGGGACAGCUAGUCCACCUGUUUGGCCGAUUUAAGCUACCUCCUGAGCUAAGCAAAGUUGGUACGGGGCAUACUCUGGUGAAACUUUUAGAAAGAGAGAGUAAACUGAAGACAUUUGCAGGGUUUGUCCUUGACGGUUGCAAUGGCUUUCAACACAUCAUGUCUGCCAUAACCACACUGAGGAAGGUUAAAUUCUGGUCCCGGAGUACUCAAGGAAAUAAAUUAGUCCAGUGCUUAGUCCCUUCCCUUCAGAAGCGCUUCACUGAAGAUUCUGCCCUAGACUCACUGUCAAUUGAUUUCGGCAAUGACUCCAUAGAUUUCCUUGACUCCCUACAAGGUCCUUGUGCUCUCGAAUCAAUCAAACUGCAUGGUAAACUAACAAGAUUGCCGGACUUCUUUCUCAAAGGUGGAUUUCUAGUUCGAGAGCUGCAACUUUCAAAAACUGGUUUGAGCUGCGAAGAUUUGUCAGACCUGCAACAGCUGGAUCUGUUGCUCUAUCUGAAGCUAGAUGAGGAUUCUCUCGUCUUUGUUGAUGGCACAUUUACCUUCCAGUCGGAUGGAUUCAAAAGCCUCAAGGGGCUGUGCUUUGAGACACCAAAGCUUCCAAAAAUUGAGGUCAUGGAAGGAGCCAUGCCUGUUCUUGAGUCUCUUCAGCUGUUUUCUCAGAAUAUACAAGGCCUGGAUGUGUCAGCAGUCAAAUGUCUCCAUCAUCUCAAGGAGGUGACUCUUCGCUCUUCAAUUGAUGCGCAAACAAUGCGAUUUUGGGAAGAUGAAGCAAAGAAGCACAAAAAUAGGCCAACAAUUGUUGUUGCUCAAAGUCAGAAUACAUAGCAGGGACAGGCCAACAAUUAGCAAGAUACAUACUGACAAAAUUUCUAUGCUUACAUUCAGACCUCUAGAAUGGAGUGAAAACUGGCAGAAGACUGGUCAAUUUGGUGAUUACUUUUUUUUGAACAAAAAAGGUUGAGCUGUCUCUACUUAUAUAUUCCAGAAGACUAUGGCAGGGAGCCAAAGCCAAGAGUACAAGGUAUGCAUGAGGCAUGGCACAAAAGAGCAAAGAGAGGAGAGGCAAGAGAACCAAAAACCCUGGUCUAAUUAAGAAAAGCUAUCACCAAGUUCUUGAUGGUACUUUGGUGAUUACUCAUGGAUUUCCUUCUUUCCUUUUAUUUGUUGAGAUCAUGCCUCUUUAUUUCGAUUGAGCUAUGUUGUUCUGUUAUCAAGUGGAUGAUAUUAUUAUUGGUUGUUGUCAUGAGACAGCUACAAACAAAGCUUGUGUGUUCACCUA